CAGAUAAGGCAAAGGGAGGAAGACGGAGCUCUGCUAGGAGGACGCCGAACCUCUGGGCGGAGAAGAGGAGUGAGCCCCAGUCACACAGCUCAUCCCUGAGACCCAAGCACUGCCACAGUGAGAGAGAUUGGUUCGGUGUGCUCUCUGGUCAUUCCCAUGGCAGACACGACGCUGGCAGAGGCUUUGGCUAGGGAGCAGGGGGAGAUGAGAGGGAGACAUCAGACUCUGAGAUGGACACAGCCAUGCGUGAGACAGGCCGUGCACCGAGAGCCAAAGAAGUGGCCAAGAUCUGAACCUGGAGUACAAGCCAGAGCAUCAAAGACACAAAAUUCCCCUGAAAAUGCAGCGAGGGAAAGGAGCCGAGUGCGAAACCUGCGCCAGGCAUUCCAGAGCCUCCAGGCCGCUUUGCCAUCGGUUCCUCCGGACACAAAGCUCUCCAAGCUGGACGUUCUGGUCCUGGCCACCAAUUACAUCGCACACCUCACUGAGACGCUGGACCAGGGGGGAGCGGUGUGUGAUCAUCCUGCGCUGCACAGAGCUGAAGGCUACCUGCACCCUGUGAAGAAGUGGCCCAUGCGCUCUCUGCUGUACUGUGGGAACAUCGGCGAGCGACUACCAGGAGCAAACCCCAGUCAGGAAGAGUGUCAUAGACCCAGCAUCACGGCCGAGGUCCAGGCAGACUGAGCUGAUGUAGACGUCUCGAAUCAUUCCUAAAGCAAAAAAAAUUAUCAUUUAACAUGUAAUGUUUAAUAAUGGGGUGAAUUCAGAUCAGAUUCAAGUA